AUGUUCGCCCACCUUGCGUUGCGGCAGUCUUUCAACAGAUCUUUGACUUUAACGAUCCUGCUCAUUGCUGUCUCUCAAUUCAACUUUGGGUUUGACCAACAAGGCUUCAAUUCGACCCAAGCAAUGGACGCUUUCGAACGGCAAUUCGGCUGGUAUAAUGCCAAGACGAAAGCCUACUACCUCGAAAGUUGGUGGCUGUCUCUUUUUGCCGGCCUACCGUACAUUGGGUUUGGCAUCGGUAUCUUGAUCGGGAGCAUAGUCAGUAAACGCUACGGCCGGCGCAUGUGCAUGUUCUCAAUGAGCAUCUGGUCUUGCGUGGCUACAACAAUAAUCAUGACUUCCAGAAGCCGGGAUCAGAUUCUUGCUGCCAGGAUAUUGGCCUAUAUCUAUAUCGGCAUGGAGCUUGCCGUCGUACCCAUCUAUCAGUCGGAAAUAACUCCGCAACGAGCUCGUGGUUUUGUUGUCGGCACGUACCAACUGAGUCUUGCAACAGGCGGCUUGGUCGUUAAUGCCGUGGCCCGAGGUACCGGGAGCUUGAACUCGGCUGCGGCAUACUUGAUUCCGUACGGGCUCUUCUACAUCGUACCCGUGAUAGUCAUCGCGGGAAUCUGGUUCGUCCCAGAGUCUCCCCGUUGGCUUGCAAUGCAAGGUCGCAAUGACGAAGCACUGAUAGCUCUCACUCGUCUCCGUGAAGGCAGCUUCACUGAAGAGCAAAUAGGGACCGAGAUGUCUCAGAUACGCGCAGGUAUAGAUCACGAAGUUGAGAAAGGUUCUUUCAUGGACAUGUUCAGGGGCAAGCAAGUGACAAAGCGAACCAUGUCAGUCAUUGGUGUCAACUUCUUCCUGCAGGCUACUGGCUCUAUCUUUGCCUCUGUGUACGGCGCCAUUUUUGUGAAGCAGUUGGGGUUCAUCAACCCUUUCACCGUCACCAUGAUCACCUCCAGCAUUAACAUCGUCAUGUGUGUUUGCUCAAUGAUCCUAUUGGACAAGUUGGGACGGAGAAACGUCAUCUUCUUCGGCGGGUCGAUUCAGACGGCCGGUCUUUUCGCCAUGGGCGCUCUCGGACUCACAUCCAAUCCGAGCGUCUCCGUCAAGUCAGCCAUUGUCGCCAUGAUGAUUGUGAUGACUACGGGAUUCACUCUAGGAUGGGCACCAACAUCCCAUGUUCUCUCUGCCGAAAUUCCGAGCAUGCGUCUCCGCGACGUUACGUAUCGGACGGCCAGCGUCGUCAACAUUGCAAUGCAGUUCACCGUCGCUUUUACGCUACCGUAUCUGCUCAACGCCCCGUACGCAAAUCUGGGGUCCAAAGUUGGUCUGAUCUUCGGUACAAUAAGCUUUCUCUCUCUUGUGUUCGUCUACCUUUGCGUGCCGGAGUGUAAGGGCCGGACGCUUGAAGAGGUGGACAUGCUCUUUGAGCUGAAGAUCCCGAUGCGGAAGUUUCAGAGCACAGUUCUCGCGAUGGAUGCUCGUAACCAAGGUAUUAGUAAAAGAGAUGAGGAGACAAUCUCCGAGGUAGCUGUUACGUUGGGAACUAAAGUAAGCAGUCGAGGAUGA